GGGAGAGCGGAUAUAGUGAAUGGGGGGUCCAGGCAGAGCAGAUAUAGUAAAUGCAGGGUCCAGGGAGAGCAUAUAUAGUGAAUGCAGGGUCCGGGGAGAGCAAAUAUAGUGAAUGCAGGGUCCAGGGAGAGCGGAUAAAGUCAUUGCAGGGUUCGGGGAGACCGGAUAUAGUGUAUGCAGAGUCCGGGGAGAGCGGAUAUAGUGAAUGCAGGGUCCGGGGAGAGCGGAUAUACUGAAUGCAGGGUCUGGGGAGAGAUGAUAUAGUGACUGUAGGGUCCGGAGAGACCAGCUAUAGUGAAUGCAGGGUUCGGGGAGAGCGGAUAUAGUGAAUGCAGGGUCUGGGGGACCAUAUAUACCAUAUCACUAGAGGGGGUCACCGGCAGGAGGAACGAGGGGUCACUGGCAGGAGGAAGGAGGUCCUGAUUCGUCCAGGGGUCAUCGGCAGGAGGAAGGAGGUCCCG